GCCAUCGCCGGCGGCUGGCCCGGGGCGGGGCGUGCCCGGUUGGCGUGGGCGUGGCUGCUGCGGGCGUCGGGGUCCCGCAGCCUUGGCGCGGCUGGCGCCGGCCCCGGCGGGUGGCUGGCCGGCUUCCUGCGCCGCGACACGGGCAGCUCGCUGCGGGGGACUGCACACGGACUUCUGCGGAGCUCGAGGAAAUCAGUCGUGUGAUCCGCCGUCCCUCAGGAAGGAGACUGUCAGAAAUCGUCGUCGUCCCUAAAAACCCACAUGUUUUUCUUCCUGAGCUGCUGUUGGAGUGGGAGCUUAACAAAUGGCGGCACAGUGUGUGACAAAGGUGGAGCUGACCAUUGCCUGCACCAAUCUCUUGGACAAAGAUGUUGGUUCCAAGUCAGACCCACUGUGUGUGCUUCUCCAGAACACAAGUGGCCAGCAGUGGUAUGAGGUUGAUCGCACAGAGAGAGUUAAGAAUUCAUUGAACCCAAAGUUUGCCAAGAAAUUCCUAAUUGAUUACUAUUUUGAGCUUGUUCAGAAACUUAAAUUUGGAAUAUAUGACAUCGAUAACAAAACAUUUGAUCUGAAUGAUGAUGAUUUCUUAGGAGAAUUUGAAUGUACACUGGGACAAAUAGUUUCUAGCAGGACUCUAACAAAACCGUUAGUACUUAAAAAUGGUAGACCAGCUGGAAGAGGAAGUAUUACGAUUACAGCAGAAGAAGUGAAGGAUAACAGGGUGGUUCUGUUGGAAGUAGAAGCAAGGAAACUGGACAGUAAGGACUUUUUUGGAAAGUCAGAUCCUUAUCUGGAAUUCCACAAGCAGACUGGAGAUGGAAACUGGGUGAUGGUUCACAGAACAGAGGUUAUUAAAAACAACCUGAAUCCUGUUUGGAGGCCCUUUAAAAUCUCUCUCAAUUCUCUGUGUUACAGUGACAUGGAUAAGUCAAUCAAGGUUGAGUGCUAUGACUAUGAUAAUGAUGGGUCUCAUGAUCUCAUAGGAAGUUUUCAAACUACAAUGUCAAAGCUGAAGGAAGCAACUCGGUCCUCACCUGUUGAAUUUGAGUGUAUCAAUGAAAAGAAAAGACAGAAGAAAAAAAGCUAUAAAAACUCGGGCAUUGUGAGCGUUAAGCACUGUGAGAUCGUAGUAGAAUGCACAUUCCUUGAUUAUAUCAUGGGUGGGUGUCAGCUGAACUUCACAGUGGGGAUAGAUUUUACAGGCUCCAAUGGAGACCCUCGCUCUCCAGACUCUCUGCAUUACCUCAGCCCUAAUGGAGUUAAUGAAUACCUAACAGCCAUUUGGUCUGUAGGAAUGGUCAUUCAGGAUUAUGAUACAGAUAAGAUGUUUCCAGCCUUUGGAUUUGGUGCACAAAUUCCUCCUUCCUUUCAGGUGUCACAUGAGUUCCCAUUAAAUUUUAACCCAUCAAACCCAUUUUGUCAUGGAAUCCAAGGCAUUGUUGAUGCAUAUCGGGCUUGUCUUCCUCAAGUGAAGUUAUAUGGACCAACAAAUUUUUCUCCGAUUAUAAAUCAUGUGGCAAGAUUUGCUACCGCAGCUACACAACAGCAAACAGCAUCUCAAUACUUUAUACUUCUGAUCAUAACGGAUGGUGUGAUAACAGACCUUGAUCAAACUCGAACUGCCAUAGUUAAUGCUUCAAAAUUGCCAAUGUCCAUUAUCAUUGUUGGUGUUGGAGGAGCAGACUUUGAUGCUAUGGAGUUUCUUGAUGGUGACAAUGGAGUUCUUAGGUCCUCAUCAGGAGAACCAGCUGUCAGAGACAUUGUCCAGUUUGUGCCAUUCAGAAAGUUCCAAAAUUCUCCAAAAGAAGCUCUGGCGCAGUGUGUCCUGGCAGAAGUCCCUCAGCAAGUGGUGAACUACUUCAGCACCUACAAACUGCAACCUCCUAAGAAUCCUGCUGCAAAGUGAAUGGCUGAGCAGGGGAGCUGAGACUUUGUGCUUGCUUUAAUUCCUGUAUCUGCAGACCUUGGUUCUUGAGAUACUUCUGUAUACAUGUAUACACACACCUCUGUAUGGUAAUCUGUUAGCUUUUGCCUGCGAAUCACUUUGCCAAGUGUGCCUUUUAAGGAUCAAAACUGUAAUUGUGUUAAUAUUUGAUGUUGAUAUGAGAGAUAGGGCUUACAUGGGUGCAUUUUAUUUUGAAAAAUAAGAGUAGAAAAAAGGUUGAAUAUGUAUAGAGAAGGGGGAGAAUGGCUGGAAGUGGAAGAGCUGCGUGUUUGAUAAAUAUAGUCAGUGGGAGUGUUCAGUUACUUUUGUGGGGAUUGGCACCUAGGACUGCAGUUUCUUGGUGAUCAUAAAACCAGUCUGAAAUGAAAAAGAAGGUAUAUCCCCAACAAGCAGACAAAAGUUUGUAUGUGCUUCAAAAAAUCUGGAAUAUUUCAGGCUUCUGUGUCUUAUUAAGCCACCAUUACAAUUUUGUCAUAGGACUUUGGUAAUUAUACAAAGUGCCAGAAGAGAGCAUAAAGGCCCUCCUUGCAUGCCUACUUCAUGUUUGCCACUUCAGUGCCUUUGGCCAAUGCCAGGGAUUUAUGGCAGUGUGAACGUGAGCCAAACAAGUCACUAAAGUAUAUAUUCCUUUAUAGUAUGCCUUCUCUUAUGGUAGUACAGGAAUAAGUGGGGUGAGUUAAGGUAAGCUUCUAACAUCUCAGAAGAAUAGUAUUGGCCUUUGAGGCUACUACUAUAAAGGCUGUAAGGUAAGAUGUGUUUCGGUGUGUACUGAGCUGGAAAAUGGGAACUCCAGAUUUUAUUUUGUUGGGGGGUUUGUUUUGGUUUUGCAUUCUCCCCAAGAGAGUCAUGACUGUUGAUCUUUAAAGUGCUUUUUGUGACAUGGGAAUUCACUUUUUAGUUAAGAAGUUUUAUUUGAUUUAUAACUGCAUAUUUUGAAGCAAAUGCAGUUCUUGGAAGUGCUACCUAUACUGGUUUUGUCGUAUUUUUGAAUCAUGCUUCUUUUUCAUGAGCCCGCUAAUGAAAAGUGCCUACAAAAAAAAAAAAAAAAUCUUCCUUCUUCCUUCCCAGUCAGAAGACGUUAGAAAAUCUCUAAACUCUAAUCCUAUAAUCAUACUGUGUUUCUCUAGGGCAGAAAAUUUCUGGUUUAUUUUCGUGGCUUGAGUUUUUCCUUCAUCAUUUACAUGAAGUGUAAAUCAUAUUGUGUUUGCUUAGGGGACAGGUGAAGCUUUCUUGUCUCCCAGUUGCAUACUGCUUGCUGAGGACCUCUUCUGAACCUGCUAGUGUGUGUAAUGUAAGUGGAUGUAAAGGUCUCAUUUAUUACUUCCAAAAUGCCCAUCUAGAGCACUGUUUUUGUAGUUUCAUAUUUGAAGUUAGAGUUAGACAUCUGACUAAUCUGAUUGUGCGUGGUCUAGCGGUAACAUGUAAGAACAGAACGGACUGACGUUAAAUUUAGCAUAGUUGGGCACUCAGGAUUGCACCAGGUCAUAGUGCAUGUGACGGGGUAUGUGACUUCUGUUUAGUUGCUGAAACUGCUCUGUGUGUGGUGGGGGGUGUUCUCCAUGCAUGUGUAAUCCUGUCAGAAAUCUGAAUUCACAUUAACAUUGAUGCAUGAAGGAUAUGCAUAUUGAAAUUGUCUUACACAUACUCUAAAACACACCAAAUGUUUUUUAGACAAUUGACUAGUUAUCAGUCAUAAAUGAGUAUGUUACUCUGCACUCCAUUUUCCUUAGUGGAAGGGUGUCCUAAGUAGUUUCAGCAGUGGAAUACUAAGGAAGACAUUUUGUUUCAUAUUAAGCCAAACUCCUUCUUUUUGAAAAUCUAAUUCAUGGGGUUAUAUGAAAAUCUACAGUCAUCUUUUUAUCAGUGUAGUGCGUAUGUGUUGCUACUUUAUACAUGAAUGAUGAUGAAGUGUCAUGCCAGAUAUGCAACACAAAAACUGCAGAACAUGGAAGUAGUUACAAUGAACGUAAUUGCACUGCUGCAAAUUGAUACUGUAUGAUCUUGGAACAGGAAACUGUUUCAGAGCUACAUGCUCCAUGUACAGAGAUGCAGUAGUAAUGCUUUGUCUAGAUUCAUUGGAGUGGAUGAGUACUACUGAUAGGAGUACUGGAUACUACUGAAGUUCCUCUGAGCUCUCUGCCAAAAAAUAUAAUGCUGCAUCUGAGUUCUGUUACCAAUUCUGUUCUAAGUUGCUGUGGAAGUGCAUUUAAAUGCAUUUAACUGUGUCAAUAGGUGUUACUGUAGUAAAUAUCUGCUGCAUAGAAAAUUCUUUGUUCUGUCUGUAUUGUAUACAUUAAUUCUGAGUUUCUACAGUAAAGAAUUCAUUAUCAGAUAUUGGUAAAGUACCCCCAUGUUCCUCAAGAUUAGGGAAUUAAAUAAUAUAUCAACGGAACCUGCUUCUCAAUGUGCUCUAUUUUAUGUAAAAGACAAGUGUUUCACACAUGACAGCAGCAAGAUCCAUUUUCCAGGUAUAACUUCUCUUAGAGGUGUAGAGCUAACGCCUGUUGAAAAAUUUGGAAACUUUCAAGUUAAGCUGAAGCAAUAUUCAGAGUCAAGGAAUGCAGCAGAUUGUGAGUCAAGGGGGAGGGGAGUUACUGUGUUUCGCCAUUCUUUUGUUUACUUUUACGUGUAAAAAAUGCCUUAUUAGCUUGAGGGUGACAAAGCAAAGGAUUGUCAGUUUUGAAAAGUGAAUGUGUUUGUAGGUCACUUGCACCACCUUGUGAUAAAAAUGAUGUAUAGCAGUCUUCGUAGUCAUGCUUUUUGCUAUUUAAUGGCCGUGAAAUAUACGUAUGUACAGCAAAGAAAUAACUUGUAACCAGAAUUUUUUUACUUUCCCCUGUAUUCCAGUUCUGAUGGAGUGAUAUACAACGCCUGUGCAUUAAAAAUAUAAUUUCAGUA